GGACCAAAGAACCCUGAGGCACUUGCUCAGAGGCUCACGUUCAUCAGACACACAGCAGACAGUGCAGGCUUGAAGAAAGCACUGUUUCUGAUACCAAGACAACCAUGCAAGGAAUGGAACAGACCACACCAGUGCCUGGCCUUAGUUUGCCCCAGCUGGGGCAGACUGCUGUGCUAAAAUCAUAUCUGUGGAAAGGGCUACAGGAGAAGUUCUUGAAGGGAGAACCCAAAGUCCUCGGGGUUGUGCAGAUUCUGAUUGCCCUGAUAAACCUCAGCUUUGGAAUAAUAAUGAUGGGCGUCUUGUUGCCAGUUUACAGACCACAUCCCAUUUCAGUGUUCCUUGGGUUUACAGUUUGGGGGUCAGUGAUGUUUAUUAUUUCAGGAUCCUUGUCAAUUGCAGCAGGCAUGAGAACAACAAAAGGUCUGGUCCAAGGUAGCCUAGGAUUGAACAUCACCAGCUCCGUGUUGGCUGUAGUAGGGAUUAUAAUCAGCGCAAUAAGCUUGAGUAUGUUUUCUUACUCUUACUAUGGAUGUAGCUAUAGCAAGAAUUCGGAUGAUUGCUCCAUGACCACAUCAAUUUUAAUGGGUCUGGAGGCUAUGGUGCUCAUUUUAAGUGUGCUGGAGUUCUGCAUUGCUGUGUCUCUCUCUGCCUUUGGAUGUAAAGCAACCUGUUGUAACCCUGGUGGGGUUGUGUUAAUUGUACCAUCAAAUCCUCACAUGGCAGAAACAGCAUCUCCUGCACCAUUUAAAGGAGGUUUAGUGCCACCAUCAAAUCAACAGAAAAAUGUUCCAGAAAAUCUAUACUGACUUCCUUGCAAGCAGCCCGCAUGGGAAAGUACCAGAAUCUAACUCUGAUAUAUAUAUCCAAUUUACUUCAAAAUCAUGUUCUCAUUUUUUUUUUUUCCAAGAACUCAACAAUUUAUUUUACUGGAUCUUUAU